AUUCGGUGUUGCUCUGCCUGUAAACAUAAACAACAAACUUGGUUUUGCUGCUAUCAUUUUCAACGUUUUCAACAAACAACGGACUAGGAAACUUCACGAUACUUUUAGUGAGUCCGGAUAGUUUUUCUUGGUUUUGGCAUUGGCAAGAAAGAUGAACACUUGUCGUUUGUGUUUGAAGGAUUUUCUUCUAUUACAAAAGAAUUACAACGUUCACAGUCUUAGAGACAAACUACAGUUAGUGUUUUCAUUCGAGAUAACUAAGGAUAACCGAUUUGCCGAGGUGAUAUGUCCAGCAUGUGUAUUAACAAUUUCACAAUUUUACCAAUACGCCUGUCAAGUGCAGCAGAACCAAUUGAAGCUAUAUAAAACAGUUGAGGAAUCGAUGCAAGAAAAGAAAACAUCGGAACAGGUAGCCACCACGAUAGCAGAUGUAAGCACUGAAUUUGCAGAUGUAGCAUCUGCCUCUCAAAAAACGUGUCCGUUGAAAAUAACCACAAAAACUAAAAUACCAGCAACAUUUGACAAGAAUUUGGUUAAUCGUUACUUAAACAUGGUUUGCGACAUCUGCAAAAAGGAUUUAAUAACUUAUCAGAAACUUGAAGUUCACUUUAAGAAAUUCCACGGUAAACGUUGUUACGUAUCCUGCUGUGAACAGAAAUUAACCAGUAAUCAGAUGAUUUCCGAUCAUUUGAAAAAACAUAUAUCUUGGACGCAAAAAAAGGACACCACAUCUUGGCAGCAAAGGGUGUUAUUUGCUUUUAGUUCAAUAUUAACAGACUUCAAACGAGAUUUGGAAGGAUACGAACCUUUACCAAAUAUGGAGCUGGCACUGAAGGGAGACCAUUUCGAAAAACAAAAAUUGCACGAUGUCCAGGACCAUCUGGUGCAAAUUUAUUUUUGCCUAAACUGUGAGUUGUGUAGGGCGAAGCUUGAUAAUCAGGACGAUCGCCGAUUCCAUUUUCGCCAAAGCCACCCCGAUGAGAAGUAUUACAUUUCCUGUUGUGAACAACGAUUUUCAACGAGGAUUAGCAUUAUGCGUCACCUAAACCGACACUGGAAACGCGCAAAAAAGUCGGAUGUAACUGAAAAGCAGUCAGUUAUUACGGAGUAUGAAGUCUCAAGCACAAUCGAAAUGUCCCAGUCAUCCAAUUUAGAAUGGCAAAGCGACCUUCAUUCUAAUUAUGAUCCACUAAUCAACGAAUUUCGAGAAGAACUGGUUGCUGGAGGCUUUGAUCCUCCGCAUACCCUGCCGGAAAACGAAACUGAAGAAGAGCAGGUGCUACUACGCAAAAUGCAAGACUUUCUAAUUGCCAAACAUAGCUCAUUGAACUGUGAGUUGUGUGAAAUUCAAAUAUUCACCUAUAUGGAAAGACAGGAACAUUUUCGUUUAAGCCACCCUGAAAAAUUAUUUUUUGUUAACUGCUGCGGUAGUAAGCUUGCUCAGCGGUGUGAAAUAGUUCUGCACAUAAUGCGUCAUAAGAAAGGGUUACCCGUCAAAUCAGUCAACAGCAUUCGUCAUGUACCAGCGCAAAUGUUUGAAAAACAUGAACAAGAGGAUGUCAUCAUAGAAUCGUAUUACAAAAUGGACUGUGAGCUUUGCGACUACACCGGUAAUUCCUAUCUUGGUUUGAGACUCCAUUUUGGGGAAAACCAUCGAGAUGAAGGUUUCUUCAUCACAUGUUGUAAUAGACGCUUUAGGGCUAAAUGUCACAUCCUAGAGCACAUUGCAAAACAUGAAAAGCCCCAGGGAGUAAAAUGUGAACAAUGUGAAGCAACUUUUGCAGUGGAACGAAUGCUCAAAGCUCAUAUAAUAAGGAAACACGUCAAAGAAGAGGAAAAGUUAUACCGAUGCGAUCAAUGCGUGGCAUCGUUUGCUACCAAAGCGCUUCUCUCCUUGCACUCCUAUAAGCAUGAAAUGGUAACGUGCGACAUAUGCGGCAUGGAAAUGAAACGUUGUUCGAUACGAGUGCAUAAGAUCAACGUUCACAAGUUAGGGGAGGAAAUUGUGUGUGAUGUUUGUGCCAAAGUUUACCACUCCCAGCACAUGUUUAACAAACACUACCGUACCUCCCAUUUGGGAAUUCGUAAGAAGUAUAAGCGUAAGUCGCGAGCCAAGAAAAGGCUACCCGCAGCGGAUGAACAAAUGGAAAUGACAGAUACGACUCAUUCUUGUGAUCUAAGUUCGUUAGAAGUUCUAUAAACUGGUAGGCUAAUUGAUCGUAGGGUAAUGUGUAUUUUUCAUGUAGUGAACCACAUUCCAUUGCUACAAAAAAUCCAACUUGAAAAU